AUGGCUUCUACCACCACCACCACCACCACCUUCUCCUCCACGUCGACCAGAGCAUUGCGCUCGAGACCAUCAUCAUCACGACUACGUGGUCCCGCCUCGUUUGUCUCGACCCCCAAUUUGAAUACUUUAUUUGUUGCCCAGUCCAAAUUGCUGCCUCCAGGCCUGGGCUUAUCGCGCAGGACGUCUCUCGCUGCUCUUACCCCCUCUUCGUUGGCCAGCAUACCCGAUGUCAGCGAGAGUUACGCCCUCGAUACUGUACUGAGCGAUUCCUCGUCAAUCAUGGCGCCCGCGACCCCUGGCCGUCAAUUGGCCGAAGAUCUCGUCGUUGGAGAUGCUGUAGACGUCCCCGGUGGCAUGCACGGUACUGUUCGCUUCGUUGGUGCCGUUCAGGGGAAAAAAGGCACCUUUGCCGGUGUCGAACUUCAUCAAGACUUUGUCGCGAGAGGCAAGAAUAAUGGCGACGUGGAUGGUGUCUCGUAUUUCACCACCUCAACCCCAGGCGCUGGCAUCUUUGUUCCGGUCGUAAAAGCGUCCCGUCGGGGAUCUCCCACCGGCUCGUUCCCCAUGACCCCAACUGCAAGCACUAACGGACGAACCAACGGGACACACUAUACGCCGCCAGGCUUACCCAAGUUCAGCGCCUCUAUCGGACCUGGCGCCAGGGCACCCAGUCCCGGGCCCAAAAGACCACCCAGAACAUCCCUUCCAAGGCCUGAUUCCCCGGUACGGCGGACUCAAAUGACCCCUGUCCCUCGUCCUUCGAUCGGUACGCCGGCCCCCCGGCCACCCGCAAGAUAUGGAAGUCCCACGAACAAUGGCCGGUUCACUCAAAGCGUCCGGGGCACGGCGGGCGACCCAAACAAGAAACCAUCUCGACUUGAUCGCAAGCCAAGUAUUAGUGGCCCGCGCAGUUCUUCGGCCCUAGGAUCCAUCUCAGGCUUUGAAGAAGAGUCAACGCCGUCGCUUCCUGGAAGCCCGCAACGUUUGAGGCCAAAUGGGCUUGGUAAUGCCGGGUCCAUCAUUAACUUGAGGCGCCCGGCGUCCCGAGCUAAUGCCGCCAAGGAGGAAGAGAUGGAACGCCUUCGAUCCCAGCUUGAGGACCGUGACCGGCAGCUGAAAGAUCAAGCUGCAACGUUGGCAGACAUGGAGAGCAGCCUCGUUGAACUCCAAGGCCUGAUCGAAAGCACCGAUAUGCCUGGGAUGAAAAGGAACAGCCUUGACGACAAGGAUUCUACUCAACUGCGAGUCAUGCUGCGGGAGAAGAAUGACAAGAUCGCCAUGCUCACGGCGGAAUUUGACGCUCACCGGGCAGACCUCCGCAGCACCAUUGACACGUUAGAAAUGGCCAGCACAGAAACUGAACGAGUGUAUGAGAAGCGUAUCGAAGAGCUCAUGGGAGAUAUUCGGGAGCUUGAGGCCAGGAAUCUUGACGUUGAUUCCGUCGCAAGCCAACUGAGACAGCUUGAAGAGCUUGUCCAAGAGCUCGAAGAAGGCUUGGAGGAUGCUCGCCGUGGUGAGGCUGAAGCGAGAGGUGAGGCCGAGUUCUUGAGAGGUGAAGUAGAAAGAACCAAGACAGAGUUGCGACGAGCGCGUGAACAAAGCGCCUCUGGUGGCGGCGCUCCUCACGACGAUAAGGGGGCGAUGCUAAAAGAACUGGAGCAGAAAGAAGACGAGAUCAGAGGACUAAAGGCCAUCAUUCACUCCCUCAGCAGAGACUCCAUCGGGGACACCGAGGAUCGAACGCCGACACAACGUCGCGGGUCUUUCAUGAAUGGUGCUGAAGACGGCGAGACGGCUCGUGCAAGUCUGGCGAGCCAGGUUGCGGAGCUCCAGUCGCUACUUGACAAGAAGAAUGGCAGGGAGGAAGAGCUUGUACAGGAGCUAGAGGCUCUUCGCGGGGGCAACCUGGCAACGCAGACAAACUCGGGGCAUCGCUCAUCCCUGAGAGACUCGCGCGACACGGUCAUUCCUGUCCGAUCAUAUGAGCCCGUGUCCUCCGAGGUGAACCACAAGAGGGAGCCUAAUCACAAGCGAGGUACUACUCUGGACUCGAUGCAUGAGAGCGACGCUUACUCAACAGCCACUGAGAAUAGCACUCUCUGGUGCGAGAUUUGCGAGACUAGCGGGCAUGACAUUCUAGCGUGCACAAACAUGUUUGGUCCAGAGGGUGGCAAAGCUGCCAGCGACACGAAGACGGCCAAGGAUGUCGUCCGCGAGGGCAUGAAGCAUCAAAACGCCCUUGGCAUGAAGGACGCGCACCCGGCUCCGCUUUCGCCUGCAAAGCCCAGGGCAGCAUUUCCUGCAGCACCUGCUAUUAAUAUCCUCCCGAACCCGAUGGAAUCAGGGCCGCUGGCGGGCAAGGAAAGCGGGGUUGUCGAUACGGAGAAGUGGUGUGCGGUGUGCGAGCGAGAUGGCCAUGAUAGUGUUGACUGUCCGUUUGAGGAUGCCUUUUAG